AUUGGACCUGAUUAUAAGUAUCAUUGACCAUUUUUUUUCCUAAUAAAAAAGUAUUACUUUUUAUACCAUACUUUAUGUCUGUUUCAAUUUCAAUCAGCACUUUUUUCCUUUUUAAUUUACUGUUUGGUCUCUAGUAUUUCCUGGAGACUUUGACAUCCAUCCCUCCUUCGACAUGCCCACAGAGCCGUAAAAUCCGUUCGGCUCUAUUGAAUUUAAAGUUGAAGCAAUUGUUUAACAGCUGACAAAUAUUGCGGUUUUCUAAUGCUCAUGCGCACGAUGUGUUGAUUGCCAGAAUGAGGUCUCGAUCGAUCAAUCGUAAUGAAGGUAGAUAAUCAAACGGAACUUGUGUUAUCGCAUUAAUGGUGUGGGUAACGUGUGAUAGCAAAGGUUCACGUGUGAAGUAUCACUUGACAGCUGUUAAGGGAGAGUGAUUAUGUACGAUAGAGUUUUAAUGUCGUGGUGGAUAACUCUUGGUAAAUUUUUGUGAAGAGAAAGUUACAAAUAUCGAGACGAGAGGGAAAGGUCUUCACCUGCGAAGAAGCGGUGACUUUCCCUGCGUAUGCAGGAGGUUAUGUUUACACAGGCACCGCGGUUUUAUGCCGCGUAUAAUUCUAAUUUAAGACUCUUUUAUGGUAAGAAUAUGCCAAGGUCAAACGUAAAAUAUGAAAUUGCUAAUCAAGAUGCAGACACCUCAGAUUAUUUUUUAUCACAUGUGCAAGAAUUUCAAAAUUCGACGACAAUGCAAACUUCAUUUUCGAGAAAAAUUUUACAAACUAUCUUAUUGAUAUCUCUUUACUUCGUAUUAUCCAUAGGACUUACGUUCUACCAAAAAUGGGUACUCAAAAGUUAUGGAUUUGAUUAUCCUCUUGGUGUAGUUGUUUGCCAUUUAGUAACAAAAUUUUUGUUAGCUACUCUGGUUCGAUGUAUACGAAAAUGUUGUUGUGGAAAACAUCCUGUACGAUUACCAUGGCAGACAAUUAUCUGGUCACUUGGAGCACCAGGUAUAGCCAGUGGUCUUGAUAUUGGUUUUUCUAACUGGGCAAUUUCAUUAAUCACUGUAUUUCUAUAUACAAUGACAAAGUCAACCACAAUAAUAUUCAUUCUUGGUUUUGCAUUAUUAUUCAAGCUGGAGAGAAAGUCAUGCUCAUUGUUAGGAAUAGUAGUUAUGAUAUCAGGUGGCUUAAUGAUGUUUACAUACAAAUCAACACAGUUUCACAUACUUGGAUUUCUGCUUUGUCUUUUUGCCUCAUUUUCAAGCGGUUUACGCUGGACAAUGGCACAGAUUAUAAUGCAAAGAUCGAAGCUUGGUCUUGGAAACCCAGUUGAUAUGAUGUAUUACAUGCAGCCAUGGAUGUUAUUGGCUGUAUUACCAAAUGCUUUAUGGUUUGAGGGUAGCAAGAUAUACACUGGACUCGUGAAUACAGAUUGGAACGAUUCUGAAACUGUGGGACUAACAUUUAUAAUUGUGCUUGGUGGUGCUAUAUUGGCGUUCUGUAUGGAAGUCGCAGAAUUUCUAGUUGUGACACACACGUCUAGUCUUACUCUGUCCGUUUCUGGAAUAUUUAAGGAGAUCUGUACAUUAUUCUUAGCCUAUGAGUGGGAGGGAGACCAAAUGAGUGGCCUUAAUUUUAUAGGCUUGUUAAUGUGUCUUGGUGGAAUUGUGCUUCAUGUUAUUCAAAAACUAUUGAUCAGUAAGAAACAGACGAUCGAUGAUCUUGAAUUGCAAUCGAAUUCAGUAACCACUAACGGCACGAAAUCCGAAGAUCAGAUAGAUAUUAAUUUGCCAUUAUUGAACCAAAAAUCGAGAUCCUUGACGAAUGUGCUUAAUAACUAUUCUAGUUCUGAUGAGGAAGAAGAGGCUAAGCCGGAAGAUACUUCCUUGGACGAUCUUUUGAAUAUUCUUCAGCGCAGAGAACAGUAAUUGUAUGGUAUAAUUACCAUUGUACCGCAUUACAUUUAAGAAGUAGAUAUAUUUCACAGACUGAGCAAAAUGAAGAGUUGUGCAACAUUCCUUUUUUUGUCUUUUGUUAGACAUUGGAAUUCAUCAUCGAAUGAUGUUUUUUGGUUUUGUUGGUUUAUGAUUACUCAUCCUAAAUGCAUAAUUUAUAUAUUCAUACUGAUCUUUUAUGUGGCGAUAUCCUAAUUAAUUUUGAUUGAGGUCAAUUUAGUCUGAUCCAAUUUAUAAUUGAAAUCUUAAAGAUCAACAGAAACUAACUUUACUCUGUAUUUUAUCUCCAAAUGGAAGGAUACAGAAUGUAUAUUUUCUCCUAUCGUAUUCCCUUUUGUGAAAAUUUCACAAUAGUCGCGUCAGUUUUACCAAUGCUAUAAUAUUAUUUUAAUUGAUUUCUCCUGAACAAUAUAUUUUUAAUAUAUAUAUUGGAAAUGUUUAUAGAGGUAUCUCUCUGUGAAAGUUUUUAAUACUCCUGCACGAGAACGUAAAUCUUUGCUAGUAUUAACGAUACUAAGAUAGAUACUUCAAGUAAGCUGUUUGUCCAACGACGAUUUUUAUAAGUCAUAGCGAUGCUGUUGCUGCAUAUUAUUAUCAAAUUUCAAUGUUAUCUUUUCUCAUGUAACAAUCACAAGGAUGUGGAUGAUUGCCUUGUCGCAUUUAAGAUAUUUAUGGAUUUAGGACUUGUAUCGUUUGAACUGCUUCAAAUUUAGUCAUGCAUAUCAUUUGAUAGUCUUCAGGUAGGGUAUACGAGCAUUUAUAGUAUGUUUACAGAUAUAUAUAAAUAUAUAUUAUAAUUUGCAUUUGGUGGCUGGAAAUUUUAAAGGAGUAGCACUGGGAGAGAAUUUUAGAAUCGAGCUUUUAUAUACAAUCCAAUUUUGAAAGUACGCAAGAAAAAUUACUUUACAUGGUAUGUUCAAGUCUGAUAGAAAGAAAUUGAAUUCAUAAUAUUUCUGCCUAAAGGAUUAGUAUUUUUAUUCCACGUAUAUGUAUAUAUUCUGUAUGACGUGAGUGAAUUUAUGUGAUUGUUGUCAAAAACUGUACAUCGAUGUUCUAUUAUCAUUUCAUUGUAAUAUACGAUCCAUGCGUAAGCAGCAGCAGGUCUUGCAUUACAUAUAUAUUUAGUUUUAAGUUUUAUAAGAUCAAAUCUUGAUCUAGCAGUUUUAUCUAAUUCAUUUAAAUGACAAGCAUGAUAUAAUGAACUUUUAUUUCGUCUGUAAUUGUUUUCCAAGUUUGUGGAACAAAAUUACAGUGAACCAGAAUCAAUUCAAUUUUUAUAUUAAGGAAACACUGCUAGGAUAUUUCAGUGAUGAAAUACAUUAGUAAGAGUAAUGAUAUCUGCCACUGCUUAUAACAGUAUUUAAUAUUGAAGAUAUGUGAAUUAAUUACACAUUCGGUUAGAUGCAAGACAUAUGAAAGGUAAAGAUUUAACAUAUGUUUCAACAAACAUUAAACGCGAAAAUAUUUUCUAUAUAAUUUUUCACGACUACGUACUUACCCCGAUUUAGGAUACGUUUCAAAAUUUACUUUAAGUACUGCGACCCUCUGUCUUUAUUCAUCUAUACGCAUCUGAGAUAGAUGUGAUACUUCAGCAGGACUGCCAGUAAAUUUUGCUAAUAGCCAGCA